AUGUCAACUGUUACUACCCUGAACCGCUUCCGGGUGCGUCCAGCAGAACCACGGGACUGCCCAGAACUCCUGCGUCUCAUCAAAGAACUAGCUGCUUAUGAAAACAUGCCUGAAGCUGUCAAAAUAACAGAAACAGAUUUACUUCAAGAUGGGUUUGGAGCACGUCCUUUCUUCCAGUGUUUAGUAGCAGAAGCAAUAAAGGAAGAUGUAAUGGCAGAUCCUGAUAUUGUAGGUUUUGCUAUGUACUACUACACCUAUGACCCUUGGAUUGGCAGGAUGUUAUACUUAGAAGACUUCUAUGUCAUGGAUGAAUAUAGAGGCUGGGGCAUUGGAUCGGAACUCUUAAAAAGAUUAAGCCAGAUCGCCAUCGAUGCCAAAUGUAACUGCAUGCAUUUUCUGGUGGUUGUUUGGAACCAGCCGUCCAUCGAGUACUACAUGAGACGAGGUGCUUCAGACCUUUCUACCGAAGAGGGCUGGCACCUCUUCCGCUUCGACAAAGAACAUCUCGUCAAGAUGGCUUCGGGAGAGUAA